AUGCUACAGCAGUUUCAUGCGCUUGAUUUAGAUGCCGACGUGUCCCUGCCCUCGCUCCAUCGCAGCGGCUACAGUGCAUUGGCGCUUGACGCGAUAGAGCGCCGCUAUCUGCUUGCUGGGACUCAUUCCGGUCAUCUUGGCAUCUAUGACGUCCAGUCUUUGGCGUUACCCCUGCCCUUGCUUGCCCAAAUCCGGGCUCGUGGUGAAUACGGCCACCAAGCUCUCAUCAACGAUGUCCAGUGGUUUCCUCUGGACACGGGUCUAUUUGUAUCCUCCGACAUGCGGGGUCUAGUCAAGGUCUGGGAUACAAACCGUGCCGUCGUGGUGGAGCAGUUUGCUGGCUUUCGACAUGUCUUCGGCCACGGCAUUUGCGUGACACCCAGUGGUAGCUGCCUAGUGGCCAUUGCCGGUGGUGACAAACACGUGCACCUGUGCGACAUUCGGUCUGGUGCCCGCACUCAUAGCCUGGCCGGUCAUACCCGCGCCGUGUUGGCACUGCAAUGGAGCCCCGCCAAUGAACAUUUGUUGGUCACUGGUAGUCGUGACAAUACGAUUCGUCUCUGGGACGUCCGCAAGGCUCGAGCCAUGCUGACCCAGCUCGACAUGGGCAACGACGAUCAAGCCAGUCUUCAUGCGCGUACAAGCGCCCCGGCCCACUCGGGCCACGUCAAUGGCCUCACCUUUUCUAGCGAUGGUCAAACCCUCGUGUCCACGUGCUGCGUAGCCCGGCAAAUCCACACCUGGGACAUGCGUACCCUGCGCCGACACCUCACUGUCUUUUCCGGCAUCAAGCCCAGCCAGGCGCACACUCGACGGAUGCGUAUCUUGGAGAGCGCCGGACGUCCUUACCUGCUCUACCCCAACGCCUCAGACCUUGUUCUCUACGACCUAUGGGAUGGUGGCGCGCCCGUGCGCACCAUGCGUGGCCACUACCAUCCCAUAUCGUGCCUUGUUGCUGACGAAGCUGCACCCUACGUCAUCACUGGCAGUGGUGAUCCUGAGCUGCUCACCUGGCGUCCGUAUAGGCCGGAGGGUCCUGCUGAAGCACGCGACGAAUUCCAGCUGCCCCACCACCUUCCCAUUGCCCUGGAUGAUGAGGACAACUGGAGCGAGGAUGAGGAGCCCGCUCCAGCACCGCGUGCCGGGGGCAAUGGCCGCUAG